UCGACGUACAAAUAGCAGGUAGGUAAUGUUUUUAAGGGUUGUUACUUAGCUCAGGUACUACUGUUCUCCUUCGGGUCGUAAAAGUGAAGCAAAGCGGACGCGGCUAAGAUGUCAAACGCAAAGCCCAAAGCUUAUGGCGUCCUACUCUAUCAGGAUUUCGAAGUCCUAGAUGCAGCCGGACCGAUCGAAGCACUGAAUUGUCUUGUUCGCUUCCCGGGCUUUGAGGACCUAACGUUCUCCUACGUUGCGAAGUCAAAGGACGUCAUUGUGCCAGGACCAAGUACACAGGACAAUUUCCGAGCACGGCAGCAAUAUCUGCCAUCGCAUACCUUCGCUGAGAAGCCGGAGAUUGACGUCCUCAUAGUCCCCGGCGGAAUGGGCAUGGUUGGAGAUCUACCGGAGCUGCAGGACUACAUCCGCAAAGCUUACCGUGGCGAAGGCGGUUAUAAGAAGCUCCACAGCAUCAUAAGCGUCUGCACCGGCUCCGUGCUGAUGGCUCGCUCGGGCAUCCUCGACGGCCAGCGCGCGACUGGCAACAAGGACGCUUGGGACGUAGUCACUUCGUCUGGGCCGAAGACGCAUUGGAUCGCGCAGGCUCGAUGGACCAACAGUGAAAACAUCUGGUCGACUUCGGGCGUUAGUGCUGGUGCUGACGGGAUGUUGGCUUGGAUGGAGGAGGUGUAUGGGUCGGAGGUCGUAGACAAGGUCGUUGAUACAAUGGAAUGGAUCCGUGCUAAAGGUCCCGAGGACGACCCGUUUGCAGUCAAGCAUGGGUGUCAAGAUGUGCUACCGCAAGCGUGAUGCAACACUUCCGUUCGGGAGCGAUGUUCCCAAGCUCAGCCUAGAUGCUGGCGAUACUACACCGCCAGCAUGUUGGUAGAGUGAGCAAGGCAGACAAGGCGCCUUUUCCUGCUGUUCGCUAGCUUAGCCCAUGCCCAUGUUGC